ACAUUCGUAAUAUAUGUGUAUGCCCGGUGUGCGAGUGAUUAUUGCUCGUUUGUAUGUGAAUGCGAACUGAUUAAAAGGCCAAAACAUGAAGCCAGCAGAGCUGUGGUGGCUUCCUCGCUUUGAUACUUCAAUCGUCUGCGAAUGCUGAGCACGAUCGCAUUCAAGAGUCGCGCUCUUUAGAAUGCUGCCGGUCUGGUGUUGAGAAUUUAGCUGCAAGUUCAUUCUCAAUUUAACACAAAAUUAGCGUUGUUCUUGCGCCGGAAAGUGAAGGUUGUCUGCUUUUUUUGUGAUCUCAGCGGUGAAUAAGAUUUUGCUUAGAGUGAGAAGAAAUUGAUUUUGUGCCGAAGUGCGAUCGCAGUGAAAUGCAGAAGAAAGGAACAUCAAUCUCAAGGAAGUAUCCUUCCUUGAGGGACAUCCCAACGAGGACUCAGUACAGUUGGCUCGAAGGUCGUCGAUUGGAUGACGGAGCUGAGGGGCUGUGGAGAGUCCAUGAUGGCAUUUAUGAUUUGACGGAUUUUGUUGAGAGGCAUCCUGGUGGAAGGGAAUGGCUUGAAUUGACAAAGGGAACGGACAUCACUGAAGCCUUCGAAGCACAUCACAUCAGUGAAGGGCCAGAGAGAUUGUUGGAAAAAUUCAAAAUCCGCGACGCGAAGGAGCCGCGAAAUUACAAUUUAACCUUCAAGGAGGAUGGGUUCUUUCGCACCUUCAAACGGAGGGUUCGCGAGAAGCUGAAGACCGUUGAUAUGGUCACACCGGCACGUCUGUCCAAUCUCUACACUGAUGUCCUCUUCAUUAUGACGUACGUCAUGGCGGUGGCGGCUCUGGUUACAAAGAACUACAUUGUUGGCUUCUUGGCAGCGCUCACCCUCACGUGGUGCGUCAUUUGUGCCCACAAUUAUUUCCACAGAAGAAAUAACUGGCGAAUGUACAUCUUCAAUUUGUCCUUCAUGAGUUUCAAAGAAUGGCGAAUUUCGCACGCGUUGUCUCAUCAUUUGUACACAAACUCCCUCCAUGAUCUGGAAAUAUCUCUCGGUGAGCCAUUCCUGUGCUGGAUCCCCGACCCAAAGAUAAAGAAUUGGUUCCAGAGAUACGCAUCGUGGAUUUACGGGCCAUUCAUCUAUUGUCUGAUCUACAUUUCUGAGUUUAUCAAGAAGUUAGUUCUGUCGAAGAGCCAUCUUGGGUUGGAUGAUUUGAUCCCCUUCUCCGUGCCUCUGGUGAUGUACCUGGCAACGGGUGAGAGUAUCACGAGUGUCAUCAACACGUGGCUCUACAUUGUCUUCGCGGGAAGCUUCAUCUUCUCCCUCAUUGGCUUCAAUGCAUCCCAUCAUCACAGCGGUGUUGUGCAUGAAGGUGACGCCAUUCGUCAAAACUCAGACUGGGCCAUCUACCAAAUGGACACAGCUAUGGAUCGUGAAGAUAUCAAUCGUUCCCACUUCUUCACACUCACUUUCUUCGGACAGCACAUCCUCCAUCACAUCUUCCCAACCCUCGAUCAUGGCGUCUUGGCGCAAUUUCAGCCGGAAUUCGUGCAGACGCUCAAGGAGUUUGAGUACGAUUUCCGAGAGUGCAGCUGGUUUGAGCACAUCAUCGAGCAGCACAAGCAACUUGCACGCAUUGAGCCCAGAACUGCGUACAAGGGCCAAGUGAAGAAAACCAAAUAAACCAGAGAUUUACUCAACUUAUCUAACAUUUCAAUAAAAUUAUAUAUUUUUUAUUAUUGUUGUGAUAUACUUAAAUAUUUGUGCCUUUUAGUGGGGUGUGCUGGUAAACACUGCGCCACUUUUAUAGAACUAAAUCAUAAUUUUUUGGGUUGUAAAAUGUCUUUUUUAUUCAUUCUCAAAUAAAUAAUUGAGAUUGUCGGGGAAAUAAUAGCUCUUGUAGCUCUUUAGUGUAAGUGUUUUUGUAAAAGGGGAGACUCUUAAAAAUCUUCAAAGAGAUUGUAUGAUUUUCUUAUGGAUGAAAUAAAGAAAAUUCAAUUCAAAAUUAAGCCAAAAAA